CUGUUUUGACUUUUUUUUCCUACUUAUUUUCCUGGAAAACCUUUUUUUUCCCCGGGAAAAUUGAUUUCGGGUGACGAAGGAAAGAAAAUAUGAAAACGAAAACUGAAGUUCACGAAAUUUCGAAUCGAUCGAUGUUUCGUGCCGAAGAAACGGAUCUGCGAUUGAAUUUGGAUUAGGAAUGAUCUGUUAUGCUGUGAUUCGAUUCAACUUUAUCGAGUAAAAAGUAUCAGUUCUGUUAUUCAAGCGUAAUAUUUGUUUUUUAUGAAGACUGAGCAGUAAAGGAUCUGGUGAUACAUUGGAAGCCAAGGAUAAAAAUGUCUUCAACAGGCAAAGCUGAGAAGAAGGCGGCCAUUGAUGCAGCAUCAUGGAUGUUCAAUGUGGUGACAUCUGUUGGAAUAAUCCUGGUUAAUAAAGCUCUUAUGGCCACAUAUGGUUUCAGCUUUGCUACGACGUUAACAGGGUUGCAUUUUGGAACAACAACAUUGUUGACAUCUGUUCUAAGAUGGCUGGGCUACAUCCAGCCCUCACAUCUGCCAUUGUCCGAUCUCUUGAAGUUUGUUUUGUUUGCAAAUUUCUCUAUUGUUGGAAUGAAUGUGAGUCUGAUGUGGAACUCUGUGGGAUUCUAUCAGAUCGCAAAGCUGAGUAUGAUCCCAGUAUCUUGUUUUCUUGAAGUUGUCUUGGACCAUGUGCGAUACUCAAGGGACACAAAGCUUAGCAUACUGUUGGUUCUCAUUGGUGUUGGUGUUUGUACUGUUACUGAUGUGAGCGUCAAUGCAAAAGGUUUUAUUGCUGCUUUAGUGGCAGUUUGGAGCACUGCUCUCCAGCAGUAUUAUGUUCAUUUUCUUCAACGCAAGUAUUCUCUUGGUUCUUUCAACUUAUUGGGGCAUACUGCUCCUGCACAAGCUGCAUCACUGCUGGUACUAGGGCCUUUUAUGGACUACUGGUUGACAAAUAAAAGAGUUGAUGCUUAUGGCUAUAGUAUGACAUCUGUGUUAUUCAUUAUCCUGUCCUGCAGCAUUGCCGUUGGAACCAACCUUAGCCAAUUUAUCUGUAUCGGCAGAUUUACAGCCGUAUCUUUCCAAGUCCUCGGCCAUAUGAAGACAAUUCUAGUCCUGAUCUUAGGAUUCAUAUUCUUUGGUAAAGAGGGUCUCAAUCUACAUGUAGUGUUUGGCAUGAUCAUUGCAAUAGUGGGCAUGGUCUGGUAUGGCAAUGCCUCAUCCAAGCCGGGAGGUAAAGAGCGGCGUAGCUAUUCGCUUCCCAGUACCAAAUCCCAAAAACACGAUGGAUUAUCAGAAUCUUCUGAUCCUGAUGAGAAGGUAUAGAACUCGGCUAAAAGGUCUGGAAGCCAAUAAGAAAAGAAACAAGAAAAGAGAUAUUGAGCAAUUUAGAUCAGCGGAUUCAAGCAGUUUCUUUACUGUCAUAUGGCGAAUCCAUUUAAUUUAUUACAAAUUCUUUUUACCAUGAUUCAUUUUUAUGGACUCAAACUUGUGAAAGGGAAAUAGUUUUUUCUGUUGAACUGGUGCAAGUUUCCCAAGAAUGUACGCUGUUCUACAUUAUUUUUCAUAGUAAUUUAUUUUUUCUGAUCAG